UAGUACAAUAACCGCAGUUCCAUCUACAUUCUGCCCUGUCGCCAGAUACACUACAUACAUAUGUAGUGAGCUCUGAAGAAAAUGUGUAGGUUGGUGUAGUACUGUAGUUGACUGUAGUUGUGCGCACUGCUGGGAGGAUAGACGCACAAGUGAACGGGUGAUGGCAAGGAGUAGAGGUGAUUUUUAGUGAUCUUUAACAAAUGGCUCUGUCCGAGGUGCACAAUUUAGCUGCAAUUAUCGGCAACAAUGGUUUUGCAGUUAACAAGAACAACAUGGUUGAACGUAACAUUAGCAUGUUGGAACCACAAAACAAUUAUCCAGCUGAUCGUUGUAACGCAGACUAUAACUAUUGGAAUUAUGAUUUAAUGGAGCGUAAUGCACAGAAAAAUAUAAAUAUGGAGGAUGAAGAUGGCCAGGAUUUAAACAAUCCUAUGGUAAAUGAUUUGGUCUCAAAAAUCCUUGAUGAUGAUUCGAUUGUCAGUGAUAAUGUCCAGAGUAAUAGUUAUAACGGCAAUAUUAAAUAUCGCUCGGAGACACAAUCCUCUAUCAUGGAUAGGAAAAUAGAGAGUAGCAUGGACUUAAAUUUGGCUGCUCUAGAUCACUUUAAUAUACAUUCUACAUUCAGCAAAUUACAGAACAGUGUUUCCAGCAAUACUAAACCUGAAUGUAAUUAUAAUAACAUUUGUGGAGAACUGAAAACAUUGAGUCUCAAUACAUGUGGGGUACAAUUACCAGAUCAAAAGAAUUUAUACAGUAACGGAGUUAAUGCAUAUCCGAGUAUAUACCCAUCUGAUUCACAGUCGUACAUGUUACGUUCAAAUGAUGAGAAUUCAUGUAUCAGUAGAAGUACCAUGCCCCUAUGUAAUGAUUUGUUAACAACAACGAAUGAGACCAAUUCAAGCAAACAAUCUAAUUGGUCAGAGAAUUUGUCCUCCGUGGGAUGUACCACGGAUUUAUUUGGAAAUUAUCAACGAAUACAAAAUUGCACAAAUCCAGACCUGAACAUUAAUAUGGCUUUAACAUUGGCAUUAGAUUCUCCUGAUCCAAUUACCCUCAACGAGCUGGAAUAUAAUAACAUUGGACAAAAUGGCACCACCAAUACUUAUAAUAAUCCAUCAGCUGCUAUGCAUGAUUUGUACAGCAUGACUGCCAGUAAUCAAAGUUAUAGACCAAGUUCGGCAAUGACUGAUUUGAGCAUUGAUUCUGGUUUCCUCUCGAAUUCUCCAUUGCAACAUUUUUCUCCGGCUGAUACGAACUUGCACAAUUGUUUUGGGAAUAAUAUACAACGCGGUAGUGCCGGCGAUUAUAAGGAUUUACAAGACUCGGGUAGAUUAAGCAUGGCAAAUAUCUCUAUACCAAACGAACAAUUUCAAUUUUUGCAACAAGCUCGUACUUACAAGUUGGAUCAAGCUGUGGACCAAGAAUACAAACAACUGAUCGAUUAUUAUCCAGGUGUAAAUGACAUCACCACGACGUCAAUCAAUAGCUUAGAUACGAAUGAUAACUGUCUUUUGGGUAACGAUUACAGAAUCGACAACAAUCUGUUGAAAAUUAUCAGUCCAAAAUCUAAGACUAUGGAGACCAAGACAUAUUCACCGAUCGGAUUUCCAAAGAAUUUAAGCUCACGACAUGCGCACCAGUCAAUUGCGAAAUACGGAUACCAUAAUUAUCAACCUUACACUGCCAACAGCGGCGAGGCUUUAAAAAUGCUACCACAGAGCUCUGCAUCGUAUCACGACUUGAAACAGCCUAACUGUACGUACAAAAUGGAAGGACUAGAUCUCACCAAAAAAAUAGCUUUUCCUUCCGUAAACCAUUUGACCAAUCAAAUCCCAGGGUCCUCAAUGAACAAGGAUACUUUUAAUUACAUUGUAAAGCAACGACAUCACAUACCAAGAAUACAGAAUGCUCCUGGCGUCUCUUCCGGAAAUGUUCUAUUCAAUUCAGGAAUAGUACCGAAUCCGAGCACAGUCAGAUCUGGAGUGUUUCCAUCAGUGAUGCCAGUUCCUGUACAACUUCCAGCUCCACGCUUGUUUUCUGUGUUCUACGGUGGAAGCUUGAGUCUUCGAAAUGGAAGUUAUAUAGCCAGAAGAACAGCUCCUUCGAGUAUACUUCAUUUCAGAUUGGAACAGACUUAUAAGCAGUUCAAACAACUAGAGAAGGAGCGAAAAAAAUGUGAGGCUGGAUUAGCUGCUCAUUUCCCUGGCAAAAGAGUUACGAGUGCAAACAAUAUACCCGUUCCUCGCCUUCAAGGAAACCCGUCACGUGUCGAUCGUUUAAUUAUCGACUAUUUAAAAGAACACGCACGUGUUAUUACAUUGAUUGCGAAAAUGGAACGACUGCGAGGGACCACAAUGAAUCAACGCGUGCACAAAGCUAUGGAGAACUGGUUGGAAGCAAUAAAAUUCGUCCAAGAAUGCCGUAAACGAGAAAUCGCCAAUGCAACAAAAUGUCAAAAAGAGAAUCCAACGUGUAUUCCUGUAUAUAAUGACAAUGAUAUACUAAAUCUGUCUGCCAGCGUCUAUGAAUUGACAAAGGCAACUCGGUACGCGCGAACCGGUAUGUAUAACGCGCUGCAGGCAACGCUGCUAUACGACUUGGAUAUCGAGAGAAAGGUCGUCGAGUCCUCGAAGGAUCCGGUCCUUGUGAUAAAACGCAAUGAAAGUCAGGUAGGAACCGAGAUCGGCGACUACUCGAACUGUACCUAGCAAAAUUUCGAGAGGCGGUUCGCCGAUAUGCGAACAAAACAAAAGCCGUGUGUCCAGCAGCUUUUUACCUACGUAUAUCCGUGUUACGUUACCGAGAAAGCUUCAGCUGGCGUUUUAUCAUAAUUUUAUCGCUGGAAUAACGGAAACAAAAAAAUGCCGCCCACUAAUUGCAGAAACUAAAAAAGAAACCUUCAGAGCAUCAUUACGGAAAUAGUACGCGUACUCACGCCAAAAAAAAAAUAAUAGGAGGGAUGAGGUUGGGAAUGGGGCUGGGAGGGGGACAAAAGAACCGUAGGCGUGUCUACUUUUUACAAGUUAAUAGCCACUCCAUAGUUUUCUACUGUACAUAUUUUUAUCCCUACUAUAGUACAGUCCUCGGGAGUGUCAGUUCUGGUAUCUAAUACUUGUGAUCCAAUCAUCUAUAUCGUAUGUCGCACUUUCAAAGUGAUUUCGCUUGUUCUUCGCUGACAGACUUAACGGAGUAACUUAGUAAAGAGGGGCGGGAGUGAGAGGGAUGAAACGAAGUACGACAACCGUGGACAUUUUUAUCUUUGGGUGUGCUGGUCUCUCGCGUGUCUCACGAAUGCCAAAGAUAAUCGUUUCGACAUAAGCGGAGGAAUCCGUCGGGGGUGCGGUAAACGAAGAACAAGAUUGCUCAGACGUACUAGUGGUAACAAACAAAUAUAUAUAUACUUAAGUAUAUGUAUAUUCUAUCGGGGUAUAUGUAUAUAUAUAUUUGUUUGCAAGAAUCUCAAACUAUUACUCGUUUGCGAAUGUGUCAUAGGUUAGCCGUUCUAAACAUAGGCUAAAUUUUACCAAUAUAUUUGUUCAGACGCGCUAGACAGUAAUUUCCUAGACUAGUUCAAUGUGGCCUUCCUUAAAUGUGUGACCCAAAAUGUGUGUCGGGUAGCUGAUCGUCUUGGAUACUUUCGGAAAAGAACGUCUCGAGAACUGACGAGGCGAUAGCCAUCGAUAUCGAUUCCUCUUUGCUCUUCAAUCCGCGAGCUAUAAUAGAGCACAGCCUUCGAUCCGAUCGGUGAAUAGUUAAUUAGAUUCGAGAAAGCGAACGAUGUCCACUGUGUGACGCUACGCGCGAAUUUCUAUGCCGAGACGAGGAAUUUCCUAAUUCGUGUACUUGCUAUCAUAAACACCGUGCUCCGACGAGUACGCGUACAACAUAAGAUACAUGCAGAAUUUUUUAGGCACGCGCGUAUGCGAAACUCCAUUACUAUUCCAACCAUACUCAGUAUGUAUCAUGUAUGUAUAUACACAUGGUGCCGUCGAAAAGUCUUCGGUCUAAUGUUUUUCGAGACGUAUCAAUGAUACAAUUUUCUUUCUACCGGUUGGUCUAGUAAACGUAAAACUUUUGCUACCUCCAACAUCGAGUACAUCGAUUUCCGUGAAAUCGUUCGUUUAUGUCGCGUCUUUAAAUUCAGUACGUUUUCUAUGCUUAUCAGUUUUCUUUUCGAAUUUUUUUCUUUUUUUUUCUUUUUGCUACCAUCAAUUCAAAUUUUGCCGAAAUAGGUCGAGUAGUUUGUUCGUGUCACACGUUUGAUUUUAAUAAGCUUUUUACGGUUACCACGAUUUUUCACGUGAAGCAAACGUCUACGUUUGAUCUUAAUUGAAACAAGACUAAGCAUAGAAGGAUUUCUUACCUAAGGAUUUGAUGACCGCUUUUGAUAUUCGCCGUCUUCUCUCUUUGAUUCUAUCGUCCGUCAUCGAUUUAGAACAAUGCGUCAAUGGUUUUAAGUGAAAUUAAAAAGGAGAGGUAAUUUGACUUCAAUAAAGAGUUGUACGAGUACUUCGAAGUUUAUAUUUUGGAGAGAAGACAUCUAUUUUCAAUUAGUCCGGAAACUUUCCAAAUGCACCAAGUAUAUAUAUAUACAUAUACAAUACUCCUUUAUCCGAAUAUUUAUUUCUGUAAUAGCUUGGUAUCCAAACGUUCUAUUAUCUAAUCAUUGCAUUAUUUACACAUACAUUAUCAUCUACUAGGGAACUUGAAUGCAAUUUUUAGAUAAUAGAAUGUUUUUGUAUCAGGAUAUUACAAAAAUAAACCUUCGGAUGAGAGAGUCUCUACUGUAUUUAUGUGUACGUUCUAGACAAAUCAGUUAGUUUUAUAUGUCCGACUUAAUGUUCAGCAUUUUCGAUUUACAUUUUUUCAAUAUGUUUCGCAAUGACCAUAAUGCAUCAUUAAGAGAGUUUUAACGUUUACAGAACUGUACACAAAAGUCCGUUUUAAUUGGAAGUUGUGACUACAUCGCGAACUCACGUCCGCGGGAAACAUCGACUUAUAAUCUUUUUCCUUCGUUUUAUUUUAUCCGUUGGAGAGCUGGGCGUUCGUCGAUGUGCAAUGCUUUUUUUUUAUUGGUCGACUAAUAAAAAUAUCAAUUGCAAAAAGCAGAAACCAAAUUUCUACUAUUGUAAAUUUUAGUUAUUUUCUUUGCAAACGUAUACAGUUUCAUACGAAACUUCAUAUUUUCAGCCGAAGUUAAGAAAACUACGAAAGAUUGUUUAAAAAAGAAACAAAUGAACAAAUUGCAUAACAAUUUUUACACUUCGACGUGGACCACUCCAUUUGAUUGGUCGCUUAAAUUUUAGAAUAAAAAUCUGGUUUCAAAAUGCAAUCGUCAAUUAUUAACUACAUCGAGCGUUGCCCAGCUCUCCCACGAAGAUAUUUGCACAACGACAACGAGAUAGUACUUCUUCAUCUAAUUCUUUAUUGUCCACAAGUUCUUCUCCGAUAACCUUAAGCUUGAUCAAUCGGCCUGUAUUAAUGUUAGAAUGCUCGAAAUCGUUCUCACACUCGAUGGAUUUUUUAGCCCUUGAGCGGCGAUGCCUGAAAUUAUCCGAGAGCACGAGCACUCAAUCUCUGACAAUCUAUUCGAACGGAAAUCUGUUGCAUCACACCAGCCGUGUACAAUUGGAAGCUGAAAAUAUGCCAGCCAACAAAAAAGAAGCUCAGACUCGUUGACGGAGUACUUUAAUUCUAUGUGUCCGACACCGAAAGCUUGUCCUCCUGAUCUAACGUCAAUCUCGGUCAGUAUCAUUUUCUCAGUUUCCACUAUUAUUUGUCAAAACGGCCCGUCAUUCGAGGGUUAACACGAUCGGUCUGUGUACACGUAUGUGUUGAUGUUCAAGCUGCACGUAAUCAGCGUCCGUGCGACAAUAAAGUCCGGGGAAGGUGCUCGCAGGUUCGGAACACAGUUCCCGGACUGUUUUUGUUGCUCAUCGCAGUACAAAUUCUUCUGGCAACCACGGACAAAAUUGUUUGACACUUGAUAGAGAGAUGUUUUCCGUUUUUCUGUUUUCGUUUCUUUCUCCCUUUUGCGAGCAAAGAGGACGUGUUCGUUGUGACGUCGAUGAUAGGCUAGAAACAAGUGAGAGCAAGUAGUAUGAUUGCAGGGCCAUUCCCGCAAAGAUAUACCGGCGCUGUCGAGUUUCCUAGCGGGCUGUGCAAGAUUGAAAACUCGCUUCCACGCAACGCGUAAUUAUCGGGGACCACGUGAAACAUCGUCUCCGUGCAUCAGCACUCCCUAGGAUGCCUUGUUUCCUUGUAUUUCUAGUUUCCAUUCGGUUGCGACUGGUGUUCUAGCUCAACCUUUUCACGUCCCUCCCUGUCCCCCCCCUUGGGUUGUCUUCCCGCCGACGGGGAAAGCGGGAAUAAGAGGACGGAUUCGUGUUCCUCGGGUCUCUGCCAAGCCCGAGCGCGUGUCCUGGAUCGAAAGUAUAGGCUUAGAGGGAACCGGGAGAGUAUACACGCGAUACGCGUACGUUAGGGUAGGAUAGGAUUAUCGAGUGCUCACAAGCGUACAAUGAACAGGUUGCAUUGCAUUAGGGUCGCGAACGACAGCCAGCGCUUUACAGUUUCCUUCCGCAUUUGUCGACGUAUAUUAUAUUGUAACUGUGAUAUAUAUAAUGCCAAUUUGUACAUACAGACCGUCUGAGAACCGCAGAGCCCGCGACGACCGCGGCCGAUCCGUCAGUUGUUCUCUUCUUUUCGGUGUUUUCCGCUUCGCGAGUCACGCUUUGCUGUUAUCCGUGUGACACAGAGGGAUGUGAUACCGUUAGAUGAGCGCGUUUUGAUGGACGCUCGCAUCACUUAAUCUAUACGGGAAUAGGUACUUAUAGCUGGAAUGCCGUCAAUAUCGUGCAAUCAUCCGAAUUAUGUGGUGCACUCGAAGACCCCACGAACGACCUCUGAAUUCGUGACGUACGACCGCCGGCGGCGGCGGGUCUGUCCAGUUUACUUAUUCGUUGGUAUCGUUCCACACUCUUCGUUGCCCUUUGAACUUCAAAGAACUGAUGUACAUAGGUUUCGCAAUGCUUCAGAAAAUCCUCCAUCCGGCAGAAAAAAUAUUGUCCGUAGUCAGUAUCCGCGCGAUUUCGUGUUCUCCUUCCGCUCUGGAUUCUAUCGGAUUGCUGCACAAGAUCCGCUCGGUACGAAGUUCAACCAGGGAAUACGCCUAUGCUGCUGGUCCAAGCGAUGAUUCUUGGCACAAGGGCUUUGAAUUUCGAACUGAAUUGUUCAUUUGAAACGAAAACAACCUUCCACUAAAUUGAAACGUUUCAGGUGCAUUUGGAAUAUCAGCAGAGGCCAUGCUUGGAUUUCAGUGAAAAUCGCGGUUGGAACGUAAUCGUUGGGACUUAUAUCGUCAUCGAUCUAAUAAUGCCGAAGGAUCGAAGGAAAAGAGUCGUCGAGUGUGCAGACUCAGCGAGGCUCUGGUCAUAUCCCAUAUCCAUGAACAAGCAGAGUCAUCAAAUUAGCAUUGUUUAACCCUAACACAGCGCAGGUGUUUCAGGCAAUUGAGCUAUCGAUUAGAUGCAUUCGGUUCGUUCCUAUUUUCUCCAUUUUUCUGAUUUCAAAUAUUAUUCGAAUGACUUCAUUUUUUGUGAUCCCCGAUCUUGCUGAAAAUUGCCAACAAAAGCUUAAUCGGUCGAGACAUUGAAUAAAAGCUACCUUAAAAGAGACAUCCAAGAACGAAAGAUUGGUAGAUCAUAAUAGUCUCUCAAUUACAAAUUAGUUUAUCGAUCGAAGUUAUUCGCCAACAACUGAUUCGACGUUCUCGAAUGGCUGGACUGAGAUGAGCCCCAGACACUGCCAACGAAGGGUUACGCGUGUUCCGAGACUGAUAGGAGCUUCUGCAAGGAGAUAUUCAUUUAGAAGAGGCAUUUCUCGCAUCAUUGGCCACCGUGUCGAUUUCAUACUGCCAUUGCAUUCAUUUCCUAAUUGCUGAACUCUCUUGUACACGGCCUCGCUGGGUCUGCUAUCUUGCUGUAUUUAUCACUGUCGACUGACACUAACCAAAUACUGAGUUCGCGAGCCUCUGGUCACGUGGGAAAAAACUUCUAAUUAUUUUGGUUCGUCCAAUCUCCGUAUGAGAACACCUGUCUUUCCUUCCUCCUUUUUAAAGGACACAGAAAAUGCUUCUGCAUAAGGCUACAUAUACAAACAUAUGUGUGCAUGCGCACGUACACUAAGUGAUUACCUCGUGUCGUAUUUAUCAUACGCAGCAUCGUUAAGAAUAGAAACACUAUCUGCAUAGGUACGUGUUUGACAAUCCUAUUUAAAUUGCAUGUGAUAUUAUGUAUUACUGACUAGCAAAAUGUAUAUGUGUUUAUGUAUGCAUACAUGUGUGCGAGCUGUGUCGUCGACUCUGUCAAGGUGAGAAUUGUUCCGUUAAAUUCUUCAAAGAAAUGUACAAAUAAAAGGUUCUUCGAAAUUUACAUGGAACCAAUUUUAUUGCAUCGUCUUGUUUUCCAUGAGGGGAACUUGAAUUCCUGAAAAAUGUAAAAUUACGAUUUAUCAAUUCUAAAUCUCUCGCUAAAUUCGAGUUAUAUUUCGGUUCAAAGUUAUUGCUGCGCUAUUUACAUAUCGGGUGAAAUAUAAAUUGUAUUUUCUAGGGGCACAGUUAAGAUUUAAAAAAUUUGCAGGAUUCGACUCGGUCGUGUGAGAAAGAAUUCUUCGAAUUCGUCUCGUUGAUUGGAAACGUCGCGGCAAUAUUUCGGUGAACACGUUCGGAACACGACGGAGUCGGCGGGGCAGUUUAUGCGCCGUUAUUUAACAGCAUACACGUGCAUCGCGUAUGCUCGUACACAUGAACAAUAUGUAUAGGUAAAUAUAUGAGUGCUCAGGGCACGGUGAAGCUGCAAACGAAGAGAUUUCGAAAAGCGUCCAUGAACACGUGUACACAAAAGAGCAGACAAGGUAGUAACGAGGGGAAAAUUAGAGAAAAACCGACCAAUGUUUCACUCUGGAAACUGUCAGAGUGUAUUGUUAGUGUCGUAAGAUUACGAUUUCAUUGUCAAUCAGUCGCGUCGGGUACCGACGGUGGGGAAUCUAACAGACGGCGAUUUGAGACGGUAAAACGAACAGUAACAGCGACACAGAGGCUUCUGUUUUUCUUUUAAAUUGAUUUUUAAAAUUAACUUUCUUAACUUCUUGUUAACACUGAGGCGUAAUCGUCUGUAACAACCGCACCUCGAAACUAUCUUUUUCUUUCGCCGUGUUCAAUGUUUUCUUGAACAAACUUGAUAUAACAAAGAAUUUCCAAGUGCUCGUUAUUGCAACUAUAUUCCAAUAAUUUUAAUAUUUAAAAACGGAAGUACCUUGCGAAAUCGGAACAACUUCUUGUCAGACUUUAAAAGCGAUUACUCUUUUAUUUGAACACGUUGACUGCCAAUGUUUCUAGCGUUAGAUCGGUAUCGCGCCGGGGUACGAAGGUAUUCACUGUUAUUACGACCGCUGGCAAUGACGCUAGAACCGCCGGGCCCGUCUGUUAUUUAUACCAACGCCGACCAAAGUGGUUGCGACGCGUCAUCGAUGACUUCGUUGGUACACCGCGGUUAACGAUUUGCUUGUAAUUCGCCGAUUCAUCCGUCUCGACACGAAUCGCGAGUCGUUGAUCGUUCGACUUGCAUUCUGUCGGCUUCGUAAUGCUUAAAUGGUGAAACUAAAUUGACCCUCGAACGACGAAUCUCACGGCAAACGACCGCUCGUGCUCUUAACGCAGAUCCAUCGAGGAGCAACUACGAUUCCAAAAAAUUGCCUCCUCUCUUUAACUUGCAUCGAUUGUCCGUGAAAUCGAUCUUCGAUUAAGCUGUCAAGCGUACAACCGGGGAGUUAUACUACGAGAUUCAAAGACCCGCGAUUUAGUUCAAAAAGAUGCAACGAAUACUGUUCGCGCGUCGUUCUAGAAUUAGUAUGAGCAUCGAGAAUCCGAUUGACCCUGUGUUCGCCGAUCGAGGGUCCAGCUUCUAGGUCUACGAAACGGUUCGAUGCGAGAUAAGAGGACAGGGUUGGUCGACGAGGAGUUAAUCGAUAAUACAUGGGAUCGAACUAAUCGAGUAGUUCUUGCCGGGAAUGGAUACGAUUCACUAUGUGGCACUAAUCGAAUAAUAACGCUACGCGCUCAAAGGUACUCUCAUCCGAGACUAAUUUCCACGGAACGAACAGACAUGCAUUCGUUCGUUGCAUGCUCUCUCGCUACGCAUCUGUCUCGUUGGGGUGGGACUGGGGGGGGGGGGUAGUGGGGGAGAGAUUUCUUGUACUUCUUUAUUUUCUACGUGUAUAAAAUAAUAACCGAAUGGCAGUUUUACAUUGUAGCCAAGGGAUUCACGCAUUUCUCGACUCAUAGCUCAACUACCACGGCCGCUAUUGCUUUUCUCGUACUUCUAUAUCGCGCAAACUUCCUGUUUUCCCUUCUGCAGAUCGGUUACACGCACACGCGGCGCACACGAAACAUUCUCUGUUAUCGCCGAGGAUAGAAAAGAGGAAUAUCUUGCUGUGCUUGGAACAUCGCUCGCUCCGCCUGUUUUAUCGAAACCCCGAUUGCAAUCUCGCGUGUUCGAACGUCUCGAGAGUGAUUUUUCACGUAUAUUCGCGGGUCGAUUUCGUAACGGCGAAUCACAGUGUACGGGACGCGUAUGCGAGUAGAUACGAUAAACGAAGGGGGGGAAAAGGUGCAGGUUUUGCGCACCGUUAGACGACCGAUGUACAUACGUAGCUCGUUUUAGAACGACUAGGGGCUGCAUAGGCUAGUUUCUAGAACGAUAUCGGUGUAACCAUGUCUUUUCUUAGCGCUCGGCAAGGAUGUAGUUCUGCUAGAGUUUUGAAAAAGAGUUCAAAGCGCCAGGCGUGUUAGAAAGUGUUUUCCAAGAAUCUGCCGCGCGGCGACGCGCAUUCGCUGUAUGAAAAUCGAAAGGAACUUUUUCUCUUUCGGGAAUUCCCGAGUUCGUUAUACGAGAUAUAUCGUACAGUAAUCGAGAUGCUGCCUAGAUCUCGAGAAACGACAGAAUAUAUUUACGAGAGCACAUUCGUAUAUGCGAUCGAUGUUUAUCUUUUUUAUGAGCGAACAGGUUCUUCUGGGAGGUAUGUAUGUAGUAGGGGACGGGUCUUACGAAUAUCGAUAGAGUUUUCAUUAACGCUCGUAAGAAUUCCGAUUUCUAGCGAAAAUUUCCGACUUAUCGAAACGGUUAGAGAAUUCCCAAAGCGUAGUUAAAAUUACUAGACAUAGUUUAAUAGGUCCGAGGACAUUGUUCGAAGUUUCGUAGCGGAGUGUGUGCGAUCGGUGCUGGAUCGAUCCGCGGUCCCCCCGGGGACCCUGACGACCGACGAAAAUCAAUACUCGACACGUGGUGUUCCUCUUUAAAGUUAGGCGUGAAAUUUCUCUGAGAACUAUUGCCGACCACCGGAAGGACGAUUCUUCAGUUUCCGUAAUUCGUUGGUUACCGUUAUCACUCGAUUAAGCAAUAGUCGGAUAUAUCUUGGAUUCUCGCCGGGUGCAAGCGCCAUCGGCCAACACGAUUUCUGCUAAUGUUUGCGCUUAGAAUUGAAUUUUAUUAAUUUGUUUCCCGCAGUCGGAACUGUGUGUUGUGUAGUCGUCUUUGUUGCGUCUGUCUUCAUCAUGAAAGCGUGAUAUAAUUGGUUCCAGAGUCAGAUGAUACAUCUCGGUGCAUGUAAUUUCAGAUGCCUAAAAAAAUUGAUUGUCUUCGAGGGGAAACGAUCUCUCCGACCUGAAACAUUUUCUAGUCAUCUUCGGUAUCGUACGGUUUCCGUGUAAUUUUAGCAUUUAGCAACCGCUACGCUUCUCGGCGAAAACAAUUUUUAAACCGAUACUCGUCGGCUGUUUUUAAAUUAUUCGUGGUUUUUAUUUAUUGUCUAUCGUAUUUAACGUGGUUUAAUGUUGGAACGCGCGCCAACGAAUCGUAGCGGAGGAGAGAUCGUUGAUCACGGAGAUCAAUUAUACACCUCCGAAGAUGAAACGUUAUAAUGGAAUGACAAGCUCCGUCGAGCUUGAGCCACUGAAAUCGCAACUGUUGCACCCAAUGAACGAUAAAGAAAAGAGUAACAAGGAAAAACAUUCUCGAGUUUAAUAAGAUUCUAUGUUAUAAGAUAUGGUUAUAAUAACGAAUAGUAUCGAAGAAAAAAAAACGUUGAUACUGAAUGGUCAAUUAUUUAAUCAUCUCUAACGGACUGAAACUUGAACCCAGAGAAAUGAAAUUUACUAAACGAAACAAUUGUUUCCGUAACUCGUGAAAGUGCUUGCACUUUGAUUCAGCGAACAUUGUCCAGUACAUAUAAUACUAUGCAUCCAGCAACUCGAAAAAUGUAAACUGGUAACCGGUGGUAUUGAUUCGCGCAUCGACACGCGACCGCUCUCGCGCUAUAGCUAAAAUUGAAACAUCUCCGUGACAAGUAUCGCACGCGACGCAAAAACCAAUCGCCGGCGUGGAUCCACACGGAGAUUCCCGAUUAGGUAGUUCGCUUGAAUGUUAGGUAAAAAAAAGGUUUUUAGAGAAAGUAGCCAAUUAGCGAGAUGGAGACUAGACAAUUGAUGGGAUCGAUAGCCGAUAGUACGAAAAUGCAUAUUAAUACUUAAUAUAUAUGUAUAUAGGUGGAGUAUUUACAUGUAUCUAUGUCAAAACUAUCGUGAAUUAUACUUAGCGAAAUAUAGACGAACGACUAGAGAAACGGACACUUCGUGUUUCCUAGAAAACGAGUAGACGAGUUUGCGAAGACGACAGUUAGCUGAAAUUUUAGGGAUCUUUCCGUUACCCCGACUAAACCGCUGGCUAGGUGCACACUCGUUUAUCGCUGAUAACGCGACUUUUCUCGGCCGUUCGUUCGCAUCGUCUCGUCGACAAAAGAGUCGGUACGAGAGCAGUCCGCCUCUUCAUAUCAGUCGAUUCCGACGGCAGAUUUCCUAGCGGAUGUUUCUUAGUAAUAAUUUUCCAGCUGGUCCCGAACGCGGACUGCGACGUUUUAAUUGUAAAUAUCCGAAAUUAUUUCAAAUUCGCGUUCCUAUCUCUGCCGCAGCCUAAUCUCAGCGCGGGCAACGGAGCGCUUUUGAUUGCACCAGGGGCGUGCAGAGCGCGCGGUAGGCGUGGCUCGCACGGCUGCUCCGCGCUCGAUCGGAGCCAAUCCGUGUCCACGUCCGGCCCAAGGAUUCGAAGUAAGCGUUUCUAAUUGGCUUUGGUGCUCGCGUCGAUUUUAGGUUCGGCGGGUUUUCCCGGUGAUUUGUUUCCUUAUUCCUUUCUCCGGGAUCGUCUCGGACGAUCCUCUAGGCGAAUUUGGUAGUCAAUUAUAGUUCCUGUAUUGUUAAUAUUUAUAUUUCACGUUGUUGGGCAAUCCGGUCGACAUCGGGCUUAUCGACCGGGCCGAUUCGUUUACCGUGCACGGAGCCCCGUGCACGGCGACACACCACAUAUCGAUGAUGAGAAUGAAUAGUGAAUAUCAGCAGUAUCUUGCCAGCGGGUUUACGACUCGCGCCUUUCUUUUCCCCGCUUGUUCCGCAUUAUCGAGAAGAGAAUAAGAAGCGAUUCGAAUGAUUCUCUAGGUGUUUUAGAUAUUCCACUGCAACGACAAUUACAUUUUCCCGUCCAUGGGCUCUCUCGGACAACGACGACCGAUGGAGAACGGAAACGCGACGGGGAUACGCGCAGCACAAUUGCAUUAUCCACACGCAAUCGUUUCAUAGAGCACGGCACUAGUCUAGCUAAAUUCACGGUAAUAAUACUUUAUUGCGAGCCGAGCGGGGGUAAACUCGUGUUUCGUUGAAUGGUCCAACGGAGCCGAUAUUUUCGAAAUUGUCUUUCAUGUGCCGUCGUUCCGGCGCCGGGCCCGGUCGGGCCCCUCCAACCGGAAACGACGGCGAAUCAUGCACGGAAAAUGUAUGAAGUCGUGUCGAUGUUUGUUAGUAGUAGCGUAAAUUAGGAUCUUGAUGGAUCCUCAAUCAAAUUCAGCGAUCGAAUGUCGCAACGAUUGGUACGCUUGGGUGUGUCUAAGAGAAACAAAACGGGAGGUAAAUAUAUAUAAAAUAUAAUAAGCGAGAAAAAUCCAGAAAAAAAAAGAUGUUUGCCAAUAUAGAGAGUGUCCCGCGAAUCAUCCGCGUCGCAGGCUAAAUUUUCUCAGGGAAAUGUUAACCGGGAAGCAGUGAUCCGUGAACGUAGAACCGAUCGAUCGCGGUCGAUCUUCUUUCGCGACACCGGCAGGAUCUCGACCGGCGGAACAGCGAAUAUCCGUCGCAAGAAUGCGUGUUUGUCUUUUAUAUUAUUAUUAUUAUUAUUAUUAUUAUUAUUAUUAAGCUAAAGUUGAAGGGACUGCAAUUUACGAACGAUCGUAAAUGUUUUUGUUCGAUCGCGAAACGUUAUAUUAUUAUCCAAAGAUUCGUAGAUAUCGGGUGAUCAUUGCGGUCGGAAAGUUUUAAAUGCAAUAAUUCCAUUUUCUUUUUAGCUCCCUGAAAAUAAUUGCAGUUUUCGUUUGGUUCCGAUCCCCGCGAAAUUCGUACGCGAGCCGUUCGAAGCGAUUCGAAACCUAACGUCGCCUCGAACCUUCGGUUCGCGUAAACGAAGAAAAUGGAUAAAUUCGAUGUUCCCGACCACUGCUUCCGAUGAUACGAGAUCCUGCGGGGGUCCGGUUCACACGCGUCGUGCAACGAGAGAGAAGGUUAAUGCGAUUUCGUGGCCGUCAUGCGCAUAAUUUGCUCGCACGAAGACAAUCGUUUUACGCCAUUACAGAAAGUAAAAAAAAAACGCUCUGCUGAUUCAGGGUAACGGGUCAUCGACGGGGAGGGGGGAAAAGGGAGUAAAAAAAAAAACGACAAAACUAAUAAUAAUAAUAAUAAUGAAAAAAAAGAGAAUACUAAAUAAUAGUAACCGAAGAAACGAACAUCGAUGUCGCGAGGGGAAUACUUGGUUUGCGGACCAUUAAAUACCAAACACUAUACAACGAUCGCGUUACAAUAAUUAUUUAACAUAGGACCGGAAACGAAGGAUUGCGACGAGAUCCGACCAUCCGUUCAUGAAUCGAGAACUGUGUAGAGGGGCCGUGAUCGGGGCCCGACCGCCGAAAAUCAUCUCCGGAGAUCCGAUCGCGAUGGGAAUCGAUGGUCAAAAAUCGAUUCGACGCGGGGAAACGAAGGAUCGUCUCGAUAUAUCCGAUCGCGAUAGGAUUCCUUGCCGUAUUGCGGUGAAAUCGGUUAGUAAAUUUGAUUGAGGACGUUAUUUAAGGAUAAUAGUUCCGUGUACGUUUCUCGGCUAGUAGCGAGGUUCGGCUAGGUUUCGUGUUAGGACAUCCCCGUGAUAAUAUUUGUUCCGUGGAUUUCGAUCUGGAGAUACGAGGGAAGCGAGAUGCGUGUAUUUUGCUGGAAUUGUCGUGUGGUCGAUACAUUCGCAAGCAUGGACACGCCAAGUUAAGAGAAGGAGAGAGAGAGAGAGAGGGCGAUGUAUAUGUCGAAUGUGAGAAAGUUGCGCUUGAUAAAUCUUCUUGAUACCAUUUCAGAAUGGUCGUUCCGACCUCUCUUAUUUCUUCGGCGUCCAUACGGUUCAGAUAGGAUUAAUAGAUAACCGGAUCUCGAACGAUCCGGUUCAACGUAGACAUCGCCUAUCUUAGAUUGAAGUUAGCUCCGCGAUUCUGAGUGUACACUCGACUGUCACACACGCGAAAAACUGUUUUCCACUAUGCAACGUGAUUUAUCCGUCGGUAUCUAUCGAAUUUUCUAUAUAUCGCGGGAUUUUCGAAUCGCUGUCUCGUUAACGAUAAGCCACUUCAAUUCGUUCGUUGAUCCUUUGCACUUCGUCGACCGCGAAGAUACAUGCAACGCGUACCUCUCCGCAGCUUGUAUCGACAACAAUAAUAACCGUAUUCUUUCUACUUCUCUGUUCCGAUCGAGCGAAAAAGACAAAAGCCAACGAAGCCGAGUCUUUUGAUUCUCGAAAGCUUGAUUGUCUCGCGCGUGUAACAAUGCUCGGUAGUAUUAAGGGUUAAUUAAUCUAAUGGUAAACGACCUAAUUCUUUGCUUACACGCAUAAACAUAUAUACGUAUUGGUCAAAGCAUAACGACGAUCGAGGUUCCGCCGAUUAAUUCGACCGCGAGUUACGUCCUACAGGUUUGUUCUUCUUUUUAUUUUCUCAUCAUCGAGUUCGCGUUGACAGCGACAACGCUGUUCAAUCGUCCCGAGAUCGGGGACAAUUAACGAUUACCGGGAUGUAACUCUUGAUCGAAUUAAUUGCUAGGUUUUUAUCGGCGUCGAUAAUGCGAUUACGAUUACAUUUUAUCCGAGGAGUGCGCAGCGCUCGCGUGUAAUUCGAACGGUUCGAAGGUGCAUCAGAUUGUAAGAAGUUCGCAAUUUCACCGCACAUGUUGCAGAAAUGUUCGGUUGUUCCGCGAAUCUCUAGGCUCGCGAUUACCCAAGCGGAUUUUCCUGUUACGGUUAAUUCGCUGCCUCUUAAUCCGUUAACGAGAAAUCGUUCUCGACGAUAUAGUUCUUCUGGAAAGAUCUGCUUCGAAUAAAUUAUAGACAAACGAUUUCAGCAUGAAAUUAUUCAACCAAAUAAUAAAGCAUUCCAACAUGGAAUUACGAUCACGGCGCAAUGUCGACAGAGUCGCCACAGAUUCGCGAAACGACUUGUCGCGUGCAUCUCGAACAAUUCUCGUCGUUGCAGGCCGAAAGACCGUUCACCGUCAAGUUCAAAGCGAGGAUUACGUAUUCGAACCUUUCGACGUUCAAUCAAACUAAAUCUAAUUCGUCCUUGGAAACGCACCGAACACGCGUUUUAAAACCCGUGCCCCGCGGAUACGUAUUCUAAGCAACACCAAAAAUUCGUCGAUCUCGCCGUGCAAUACUGAAAAUAAAAUUCGCCUUAAGAAGUUCGCACGUUUCGCGGCUGCCACGACGCACGAAAUUCACGAAAAAAAAAAAACAAACGAUCGAACGAAUGACGAAAACGAAGGAGGACGAGGCGAAAGAGAAGAAGAAAUACCGAACAAAAAAAAAAGAAAAAGAAAAAAUAACGAGAAAUAGCGAACAAA